UUGACGGGCUACCAUACGGACGCGCGGGGCUACUUCCUGGUGGGGGGCGCGGAGGUGACCCCACGGCCCAUGAUUGUUCUGCCUCCGAACACCAUCCAGAACGGGGGCGAUGCCGUGGCCCUCUACCACAGCACCACGCGAACCUACAGCAUGGGCAUGGCCGUGACCGAGGCAGGGCUGGUGGACGCAGUGGUCUACAAGUCCCGGGCGUCGGACAGGGCAGACAAGCUGCUCAAAGUGCUGACCCCAGGGCAGAGCAUCCUGUAUGAAGAUAACUCCCACAGCAGCCAGGACGAGUCUCUGAGCCGGUGUAACAGCCAGAGCCCCAGACUCCACAGCAGCUUCCAGGUGACUGUGACAACGCCAUUUGGGGAGAACGCCUGUGCCAACGCCUCCGCCCCGGCCCCGGCCCCGGCCUUGCUACUCAACGAGCUGAGCCUGGCCAAUGGCACUGCCCUCUUCGUUGAGCUGAAGGGGAAACCCGGAGCCCCCCUGAGAGGCUACACCCUGGUGUUCUACUCUGGGCAGGAUGGCAACGCCUACGCCCGCAUCCCGCUGCAGGGCACGAUUGGGGCCACGGGGCUCUUUGUGCUGGCACCAGCGGAAGCGCCUGGCCCUGCCCAGGAGGCCCCAUCUGCCAGAGGUGGGACUCGUGCGGUGGCAGUGUACCGCGGCGGCCAAGCGCCUAUUCCUGCCGGCAUGCCGGUGACGCUGGAGAACCUGGUCGACCGCGGGCAGAGGAGAGCUGGGCCGCCUUGGCUGGUGUCGCUGAGCCGCUGCUCCUGCUGCGAUGCACGUGCUGCGCUGGAGUACGCCGUCUCGGACCCCAGCCCUGGCUUGGAGAACAGAUGCCCCCUGAAGUCGUUUGCUGUGGCUCUUGGCCUGUGCCUGCUCACACCCAAUUGCUCGGUGUGGACGGCAGCCCCCGAGGGGGCUCUCCACAGCCUGGAGGGGGCACUAACGAAAUCCAUGGAGGAGACCUGUGCCUGCGGCGUCUCCCAAUUCUACCUCCACGCAGAGCUUAAUUUCACCUGCACCGACUCCAUGUUGCAGCUCACAGGUCAGGUGUGGGCCAAGUCGCUGGAGCAGCAGCAUCUAAUCCUAGACUGGCACAGGAACUUCACCACCAGCCCCCAUCCCUUCUCGGUGGCGGGGAGAGUCCUGAGGGCGAAGGGGAAGUGA